AUGCUGGCAGACCUGUUAUCAGAGGACAAAACCAUUUCUUUCACUGCCUGCAUGAUGCAGUUCCUCACCUUUGCUUUUUUUAGUACUAUUGAGUGUCACCUCCUGGCCAUGAUGGCCUAUGACCGGCACGUUGCUAUCUGCCAGCCCCUGCUUUAUGUGACCAUCAUCUCCAGCCGCAUCUGCUGGCAGCUGGUAGCAUCAUCCUACCUAUUCGCCUUCCUCAGUGCCAUCAUCUACACAUGGUGCGUGUUUGGAGGUUCCUUCUGUGGUCCCAACAGCAUUGAUCACUUCUUCUGUGACGAAGUUCCUGUGCUGAAGCUCGUGUGCUCCGACACUCACAGCAGUGAGAUGGUCAUCUUUGCUUUCAUCACCAUCAACGUGGUGGGCACAAGCAUGAUCAUUUUGCUCUCCUACAUCUCUAUCCUGCGCACCGUGCUGAGGAUGUGCUCAGCACAGAGCAGGGACAGAGCCUUCCACACCUGUGCCUCCCAUUUGGUGGCUGUUUCUAUGUACUUUGGGACAGGAUUCUUCAUGUACCUACAACCUCCUUCUAGCCACAGGAGCCUGGAUAAGGUGGCCUCCAUCAUCUAUACCGUCAUCACCCCCAUGCUUAACCCAUUCAUCUACAGCCUGAGGAACAGGGAGGUGAAGGGGGCUCUGGUGAAGUGCAGGAGCAGGCUCUUCAACCACUGGCAACAUAAGAAAGUUCUAUCACCUAGCACAGGCACAGUUCAUGUCAACUGA